AUGUCUCGCAAGCAGUCAAUCUUCAAGCCAGAGCAUCGUGGCUCGAUCGCCGCCGACGUUGACCACCUCAACAAGGCCCGCGAUGGCAUUGCCGACUACGACCAGGUCGUCGAGGACGCCAAGGUCGCCACGGCCACCGAGCAGUCGAUGACGAUCCGCGAGGGUCUCCGUCGCUACCCCAAGGCCAUUGCCUGGUCGAUGCUGCUCUCGGCUGCUGUCAUUAUGGAGGGUUUCGACCUUGUCCUCCUCGGCUCGCUCUACGCCCAGGACCAGUUCAACUACAAGUACGGCACCGUCAUUGACCAGCACGGCAACCCCCAGCUCACGUCGGCGUGGCAGACGGGUCUCUCGAACGGUGCCCAGGUCGGCUCCAUCAUUGGUCUCGCCCUCAACGGCGUGCUCAGCGACAGGUUCGGCUACAAGAAGACCAUGAUCGGCUCGCUCAUCAUCAUGAUCUGCUUCAUCUUCAUCCUCUUCUUCGCCCACAACAUUCAGAUGUUGCUCGCCGGUGAGAUCCUCUGCGGUAUCCCUUGGGGUAUCUUCCAGACCCUCACGACCGCCUACGCCUCCGAGGUCUCUCCCGUCGCCCUCCGCCCCUACCUCACUGCGUACGUCAACCUCUGCUGGGUUAUCGGCCAGUUCAUCGCCUCGGGCGUUCUCCGCGGUAUGCUCGACAUCAAGGGCCAGUGGGCCUACCGUCUCCCCUUCGCCCUCCAGUGGGUGUUUCCCGUUCCCAUCCUCAUCGGCGCCUUCUUCGCCCCCGAGUCGCCUUGGUGGGAGGUUCGCCGCGGUAACCUCGACGGCGCCCGCCACAUGGUCCGUCGCCUCAACACUAACCCUACCGACGAGUUUGUCGAGUCCCAGGUUGCCAUGAUGGUCCACACCAACGCCCUCGAGAAGUCCAUGUCCGAGGGAACUUCGUACUGGGACUGCUUCAAGGGCGUCGACCGUCGCCGUACCAUGGUUGCCAUGGGCACCUGGGCUGUCCAGGCUCUCUGCGGUUCUACUUUCAUGGGCUACUCGACCUACUUCCUGCGCCAGGCCGGCCUUGCCCAGGAGAACGCUUUCAACAUGUCGCUCGCCCAGUACGCUCUCGGCUUUGUCGGUACCAUUGGCGCCUGGUUCCUCAUGCCCCACGUCGGUCGCCGCAAGAUCUACCUCUACGGUCUUUGUGUUCUCUUCGUCCUCCUCCUCGUCAUCGGCUGCAUGGGCUUCACUAAGGGCCCCACCUACGACGCCGCCGGCGAGAUUGUCACCAGGGGUAACACUGGCGCUCAGUGGGCUAUUGGUGCCAUGCUCCUCAUCUACACUGCCGUCUACGACCUUUCCGUCGGUCCCGUCUGCUACUCUCUUGUCGCCGAGGUCUCGUCCACUCGUCUCCGUGCCAAGACUGUCGUCCUCGCCCGUGGCCUCUACAACGUUGUCGGUAUUAUCAACAACGUCAUCAUGCCCAAGUUCCUCAACCCCACCGCUCUCAACUGGGGCGCCAAGACUGGUCUCUUCUGGGCCGGCUUCUGUCUCCUCUGUGUCAUCUGGACCUUCUUCUGCCUUCCCGAGCCCAAGGGACGCACAUACGGAGAGCUCGACAUUCUCUUCGAGAACAAGGUUCCCGCGCGUCUCUUCGCCUCGACGACUGUCGACCAGUACGCCGGCCACUCGGGCCACUCGGCGCCCCCUGCCGGCUACGACAAGCCCAACGUCGAGCACAACGAGAACGGCGAGAAGGAGCUUUCGGAGAAGCGCGAGGUUGUGUAA